CCCCGCCAACAUUUUCCAAGUGAGCAGCCCAUGGCAAGAAACAGCUGCCACGAUGGGUGCACAGCAAUCCUCGAGUCGCGACAGCAAUUCGCAAAACGGCGAGGGCGUAAAAAGAUGCUACUAUGAAGUACUAGGUAUUGAACGCAGUGCUUCAGAAGACGAAGUUAAGAAAGCCUAUAGAAGAAAAGCCCUGGAACUCCACCCUGACCGGAACUAUGGCAAUGUUGAAGCUGCUACAGCGAGUUUCGCAGAAGUCUCCGCCGCCUAUGAGGUCCUCUCAGAUCCCCAAGAAAGAGCUUGGUACGAUUCACAUCGAGAGUCCAUUUUACGAGGCGACGAUGGAACGAAUGAGGAAAGUUACGAGCAUAAUAUUCGAGUCACCAGCGCUUCGGAUAUUGUACGUUUGAUUGGCAAGUUCAACUCAAGUGUUUCUUUCACAGAUGGACCAAAUGGAUUCUAUGGAAGUCUACGAGAUAGAUUCGCGAAUCUGGCGAAGGAGGAAGAUGCGGCCUGCGACUGGGAGGGUCUGGAACCGGUGGACUAUCCCGAUUUUGGCAGCGCUGAAGACGAUUACGACGAUGUGGUGAAGCCAUUCUACAGGGUUUGGAUCAAUUUCUCGACCAAGAAGACCUUCUCGUGGAGAGAUGCGUACAGGGCUUCAGAUGCACCAGAUAGGGCCACCCGAAGACUUGUGGAGAAGGAGAACAAGAGAUUACGAGAGGAGGGCAUCCGAGAAUUCAACGACGCUGUUCGAUCGUUGGUAACCUUUGUGAGGAAGAGGGAUCCAAGAUACAUACCCAAUUCGCAAACGGAGGCAGACCGACAAAAGAUACUGCGUGAUGCUGCCUUAGCCCAAGCAGCAAAGUCACGAGCUGCUAACCAAGCCAAGAUUGAAAAACACGUUGUUCCGGACUGGGCACAGACUCGAGAGCCUGAAGCCGAGGAAACAUCAGAGUCUGAAGAAUCAGAGGUCGAGCAUAUUGAGUGUGUAGUUUGUGGAAAGACGUUCAAGAGCGAAAGGCAAUAUGAGACCCAUGAAAAGAGCAAGAAGCAUAUCAAAGCAGUGCAGCAACUGCAACGGGAGAUGCGGAAAGAGAACGACCUCCUGGACCUCAAUACAACAUCCCAGGAUACAUCGGCACCUGAUUCUGCUUUCGAAGAGCUAGACCUAGACACGAAGGGCAUUGUAGUAGAAGGCGAAAGUGCCACUUCUGUCUCAGACGAUAUUGAAGAUCAUCUCGAAGGACAUUCUCCAGAGAUCAGAAAUAGCGACUUAAACCAGGGAUCAGACGUGAAGGUUGAUCCUGUUGCGAAUGAAAUCUCAGAUUCUUCUGAAGCCGACGAUGAAUAUGCCUCUAGGAAGGAGGUCGAAAAACGAAUUGUCGGGACCCUCUCAGACGAAACUACUAAAGUGGACAUCUCAUCAGAUGCUACGCCCAUAGCUAGUGAUGUUGAUAGCCAACGCCUUGGUAAAGCAAAGUUAAAGAGAGCGAAGAAGAAAGCAAAGCAAGAGCAACUUGCACAAGAUCUCAAUGAGUUCAAAUGUGCAGCUUGCAAUGAGACUUUCCUUUCGAAAUCCAAGCUCUUCAAUCACAUCAAAGAAUUCGAUCAUGCCCAGCCUGUCCCCCAGGCUAUUCAAAAGGGUAGCAAGGGAAAGAAGGGGAAGCGGUGAGACUACUAUUGCAUGACAGAACAUGUUGUUAAUAGGGUUGAUUUCCACAUAGCGCGGAGUUGGGGGACAUCGGGCGAUUAUGGGACAUUAGAUUUUAUUGCUGGAGUUAUCGUAGAGGUUGUGUCGGAAUUUGCAUUAAACAAGUCCGCUUGAGAGCCUGUGCGAGUACAGCGAUUCUAGACCAAUAUCCUUUUCAACCC